UGUUUAAUCUGCCUUGUGGUUGUGUAAUGUGCCUUGUGGUUGUUUAAUCUGCCUUGUGGUUGUUUAAUCUGUCUUGUUAAAUUAAAUUACAAUACAGCAUUUUUGAUUAAUUCCAGAUUAGUGACGUCUUACUGUUGCAACCACCAUCACUGCAUUCCAUUUUUUUUGACCUAAUUCUGUUGCUGUUUAUGCAUUUACAUUAAACAGUUAAAAUAAAACCCUGAGGUAAAGUGACAAGAUGCCGUAUUUCACCGGCUACUCCUGACCAUUUUCCGAUAAUCACACUGUCGUCGCUGGUCUGGUUUUGGUCUUCAUGCUGUAAAGCUUUUAUUCGAAUAUAAUCUAAUAUAUACUAUCAUCCAUAAUAUAAGCGAAUAUAAUCUGUAAAGCAAUUACUGUGUUUAACCCCGAGAGAUAGUUGUUGCACACAAAUACGUCCUGUUGUACACCAGUUCAUAUUUAAGUGAGAGAAAUUAUACAUAAACACGUCCUGUAGCACACCAAUUCAUGAUUAAGUGAGAGAUUACAUAUAAACACGUCCUGUAGCACACUGGUUCAUGAUUAAGUGAGAGAAGUUAUAUAUAAACACGCCCUGUUGCACACCAGUUCAUGAUUAAGUGAGAGAAGUUACACAUAAACACGUCCUUUAGCGUAACAGUUCAUCAUUAAGAGAACCUUAAUGCAUUCACUGACAUACGUAAAUUUGUAACGUCACAAAAGAUAAUCAUGCGUUUCUGCUACUUUUUAUUUCUCAUGUGUAUAGUUGUCAUUAGGGCCUACAUGGUGUGCACAGCACGUUAUUCACCUCACAGUACUGUAUGGCUACUACACUGCAUUGUGCGGUUACUGCACGGCACUUUGUGGAAGCAAAAGUACACGGUACUGAUCAGCUGUAGUGAUGGAUGUUUUAAACCUUUCCGAGCGGUACCCUACAGUUCAUCACCAUGCCGUCAUCGCUUUGCUGUACAUUGUAUGCGUGUCAAGGUGAUGUUGCCGACAUAACAACAGGCAGAUUUUGGAAAAGUGUUUUGCAUGUUCCAGAUUCAAAAUCAUGGUUUAUGAUUGAAAAAGUGAAUACUGGAAUGGAAACUGUAUGGCUGUUUUAAAACACAACUGUAUUCAUAUUUCAUCUGAGCGUUUUGUAGAACGAUUGAAUGAUGGAAGCUAUAAACUGAUGGUGGUGGCCGAGGUUAACACUGUCCAGGCGUCAGGUGUUAUUAGGAAUCUUACAAGAGUACUGUCUGUAUGGCUGACUUUGUAUCUGUGGGUAUUCUCAACACAACCUCCACGGGUUGGUACGCCAAGGUCUUCUAUGAAGUAACCGUGUCUGUCCGAAGCCUGGUAUGUAAGCUCUGGGAGGUCAAAGAAGACUUACGGCUUGCCUUGGAGUCACUGCCCGCUGAUAUCAGCUCCAACGUUCAGCUGCACCUUGGAGAGUUAGAAUCAGAUAUUAGGACUAUAUGUGCCAACCAACAUCUCUGUCCUGAUGGGUUCGUGUGUCACGUAACAAGUCAGCUGACAUGUGUCUCGCUUUGUGACGUUAUGAAGUGCGGGGAUCACGGACAUUGCGCUGUCGACCAGACGUUCCAGCCCGUCUGCAUAUGUGAAGAGGAUGGUACAUUCACCCAGUUCGGCGAGGACUGUGAUCUGCGGCCAGACAAGGCGACCUUGACCCAGACCUGGCGACCCGCCGGUAUAGCUGGCCUUACCAUCAGUGGACUGUUCUUGCUUGCGAUUGUCGUGGCAGCGUCUCUCUACCUAUGGAAAAGAUGGAAUGGCAGGAAAGUGUCCCAACGCGUUUCACCCGAGCGACCUGUCACACAUCCUGACUCAUUGGGCCACAACUCGGCACCAGAAAACCACCUGAAGCUCGCAAGUGGGGCAGUGUAGUGAGCAUAUGACGUCUGAGAGGACAAGACCUGUACUGAAUCACGUGGAACGUUGUCUUGUUGAGGACCUUGUUGAAGAGCGAUACUAUUACUACAUGUAUCCGAACGACGGCCGACGAAUAGCUACACAGAGAUAUUUUCUUGACGACAUUUAUAUUAUUUUGAAACCUUCCACAGGGUAAAAAACAAUUCUCACUAAUAGGUUUACCACUGAAGUUGCAGAUGUUGGGGUUGGAGAGAGUGUGUGGACGCAUAGCGGUCGAAGCUCAGUGGUAAGCUUUUUAUAUAAUCAUACAUGAAGUUCAUGAAGACCGCAUACCUCCACCAACGUCACCUACAUCUGUAUGUCCU